GAAUGAGUGUGCCUCGCACAUCUGAGGCAGCUAAUGAAUGUCAUCAGAUCAAUCCCUCCUCCAACGGCCACCGAGGUACACCAAGCUAGGCACCAAGAAGCUCAUAAACGCCAUCAACGUGUGUGUGAACUGUGAAGAAACGAGACGACCCAGGACACACCGGCAAUGGCGAGCACGCCGGCGACCGACGACGUCGUGGUCGUGGACCCCUCCUAUAAGUGGAAGUGGCUCGAGGAAAGCGACACUUACCUCCUGAGCCUCAACGACCUCCCUGCAGACUUGAAGCUGGAGGACUUGCUGGUGCGCGUGAACGGCAAGCGCCGGCUCACCAUCAGCGACCGGCGCAAGCCCACGCCCGGCGGCAAGACGCUGCGGCUCAACAAGAAGACGUUCCAGCUGCCCAAGACGGCGAACCCCGACGCCAUAACCGGCUGCUUCAACGGCGGCGUGCUCACGCUCACCGUGCCGGCCAAGGGGCAGAAACAGCCGGCACCGGCAGUCACCGUUGCCGCGAAGGUGGAGGAGGAGCCGGAGCCCAAGGCCAGAGCCGGAGCGGGAGAAGGAGCUGAUCGAUACGGCCGUCGCCGCAUUCACGCUCGGUGUCUUGUUCUCGCACAGGCUCUUCUCCAGCAGGAACUAAUAAUAAUUAAUCAACGACAGGCACGUCAGGCAAAUCAUAUUUUCGCAGGGCAUCAAGCCUUCUACUGUAGCUUCGUGUAGGCGUGCACACGAUCGAUCGAUCACGCACAUGGUUGUCUAUCAGUGGAUGAAAUGUGUACGUGUAAUCGUGACAAGAUGAACUGUACAUAAGCUACAUAUACACGGCUGUUAUGCACCGCUGGAGCACAAUAACAGAGUACUAACAGACACGGCCGGGGUAAUUAAGGUACAGACACUCUUACUUUGUAUUGUACAUAAAAUGGCACGUUCAAAGUCA